GGGAGAAUGCUCAUUGGCCGGCGGAAGUGCCACUCUGGAGUGGUUGUUGGUUGGCCCUAGCAACUGAAGGACGCCUUUCUGCAGAGAGAGAAACAGAGGGAGGAAGAGGGGGAAGUCCAUUUGCAAACAGGUACACUCAGCAGCUUAAUCCGGACAAUCGAAGUGGAAGGUCUUCAACCAUUUACAAAAGCAGAUAAAAAAUCUUCAAAAUGGCUGAAAGUCCAGCAACUCCUGAACCUGAAUCCCUUACCUCACCUGCUGUUAGCUCAGCAAAAAAAGGCAAAGGUAAAGGUAAAGGAACACCCAAGGCUAAGAAGAGUCCUAAAGCAUCACCUAAAGGAUCGCCUAAAGGAUCGCCUAAAAGAUCGCCUAAAGGAUCACCUAAAGAAUCACGUAAAGGAUCACCCAAAACAAAGCAAAAAUCUGCUACCAGAAAAGAAGAGGAAGCUGAUCUCUCUAUGGCAAGCAUGGGCCACCCAGAAAUCUUCCCGUUGGUCCUUACUGAAAAAACCCAGGAAAUAUUUAACUGCCGUGCUGAUGUAGACGUCACAGCUGAAAAUCCUCAUAAACUUGUGAAAAAAGAGGACAUCAUUAAUGAUAUGAAGACAAGAGCUGCAAUUUCUGACUUCCAUCCGAUCAAGAAAAUUAUCUUAGAUUAUCCUGGAGAAGAACUUCUGGUUGUAUUUGACAGAGAACUAAAAUAUGGGCAGAUCUUUUAUCUUAUUGCAACGGAAGAGGCCAAGGAGAGUAUUUUGAAUCCUCCAGAGGAAGAGGAAGAGGAAGGAGAAAUUAAAGAAGGGAUCCAAGAAGAAUAUAUUUACAAACCUCCUGUGCGCAAACCUUGGGUUUCACUGGGAAGUGAGAAGGAAAUUGAAGAAGAAUCGGUUAAGGAAUCAAGAAGUAGGAUAAAGUUCAUGAUAUCUCGUCCACACAAAGAAUUUGGGGUUCGGAUUAAAUUCCAUAAGAGAAAUGCAUCCACUGAUAAACAAGGCUAUGUGGACUGUACAUCUUAUCAAGACAAGAACUUCACUAUUCGACAACUUGAGAAACACACAGCUACACAGGUAGUCCCAGAAGAAAAAGUGACAGGAACGCAAACAAAAUGGACCUAUCCCAAAAAUGCAACCACACAGUACCAUCCUAGAGAAUUUUCAGAUGAGGAAAAGGAGAGAUAUUUAUCAUCAGAAGAGCUGAAAAACUUUCUUCUUAAUGUGGCUCUCAGAAUUGAGGUAGCACUCCAACAAAAUGAAAUAAUGAAUGCCUUUUUUGAUGACUGGAAGGCUCUUGCAGAAGAUGAAACUGGCUUUGUGGGCAAGUCAGAUGUCUUCCUGAAGGAAUACCAGUCCUUUACAGAUCUGCAUUAUCUCAAGGACAGAACUAUUAGCUGCAUUUGUUGGCAUCCAACCAUUUAUGGGAUCAUUGCUGUGGCAGUAACAGAGCGCCUUUCUUAUGAAGACCGAGUGCAACAGUCUGGGAAAUUACUCUUGUGGAAAGCACCAAUUCUGUUUUGGAGUUUUGCAGACCCUAUUCACCCUCAGCUAAUGUUGGAGUGCCCUGAAGAUAUCUACUGUUUUCAGUUUUCACCAAGUGAUCCCAACAUCAUUGCAGGAGGAUGUAUGAAUGGACAGAUUGUACUGUGGGAUAUUUCAGAAUAUCAAGAAAGGUUACAAAACGCAAAGUCAGGUGGAAGCAAGAACACCACAAUUAAUAUGCCAAGUUUCAUGAUGGAGCAACAAGUUGCAAAGGAGCCACAUGCAGUGAGAUAUUGUGCAGUCUCGUCUAUAGAAUACGGCCAUAAAGCAGUAAUAACAGAUAUACACUGGCUGCCAGAAUUGUUUGAGCUCAACAGAAUGGGCUCUGCAUUUGAAAACAGAGCUGGAGUUAGUGUACAGCUUGUCACCUGCUCACCUGAUUGCACAAUCUAUUUUUGGGAUCUUAGAGCCCAGAAGGCUACUCUCCAACCUUCGAUUGAGAAGAAAAAGGAGGAGAAGAUUGUUGCAGCUCUACCUGAUGUGCCUACUACCUUUAAACAUCUAGAUCUCUCCUGGAGGCCUCUAAUUAAGGUAACCCUGCCCAAGACACAUACAGGUGCGGAAUAUAGUCCAACAAAAAUUAGCUUUAAAGAAGAACACUAUCACACCAAAAUUCAAGAUAAAACACAACCCCAGUUCAAACCAGAGACAACUACAGAAAAACUGCCCUACAGUGAGAUACAAACCUCAACGAUGAAACCUCUUAAGAUGUUAGAAAAUAUUACCAGUAGCUUUUUGGUUGGGACGGAAGAUGGUGAAAUUCUUUGUUCAGACUGGAAGAUGGAAAGAGAUGGUGAUUCAGGAAGACUGCUUAGCCAGAAGCCAAGCAACGUACAUAUCAUCCAUGAUGGACUCGUUCACACUGUACAGAGGUCUCCAUUUUUCAAAGACAUCAUUCUCACAGUUGGAGGCUGGAAUUUUGCAAUCUGGAAAGAAGGUGUUACGAAUGGACCACUUCUUGGGUCAAGCUGUGCAGCCAAGAGAUAUACUGUUGGACACUGGUCCUUAUCGAGGCCAGGUGUUUUCUUCAUUGGAAGAGAAGAUGGAAAUAUUGACAUUUGGGACAUAUUGGAGAAAACUCAUGAACCGUCUCAGACCCAAAAUGUUUGUAUCGCUAUGAUUACUUGCAUCAAGCCCUGGAUUUACUCUUCAAAGCAGCACUUCUUAGCCGUAUCAGAUGACUUUGGUACACUACAUGUUUUAGAAAUUUCAUGGACACUAAGCCACCCUUCCAGCAAUGAGCGUUCCAGUGUUCUUUAUUACUUUGAGCGAGAAGUCAAGCACCUGGAGUUUGUUGAGCAGCGGAAAGAAUUCCGAGAGCAAGAAAGAGUGGCCUUGGAGCAUGAAAAGAUGAUGACGAAAAUGAAAUCAACUGGUGGUCAACGAUCAAGAGAAUUAAUGGAAGAAAAGAUCAAUCAAGAAUAUUCAGAAUUUUUGGAAUUAGAGAAGAGUCUUCUUAUUCGGCUUGGACUAGCGAAAGCACCAGAUAAAUUUAGCCAAUCCAGAACUGGUUAACUAUGUGGCCAACUGUUGUUGUCGUAUUCACUCUUGAACAACAUAGUUAACAAUACUGUACUGUAAUUCAAAAACGUAUCAGGGGACCCCAUGUGAAGCAUUGUUUUGGAAUCUACUGGGCAGUAGCACCCACUGUUCAGAAGGCAUCACCUCUUCCCAUUUCUUAGAGCCUUUAGCUUAUUUUGAAUUGAGAACUACCCAAAAUGUUAAAUAAAAAAUACACACACAGGCAACAUUUUGUUUGUGUUAUUCAGUUAUGUAUUCACAAUAAAAGCAACUCAGUUUGCAUUAUAUUUAAUUGAUAUGAAGUAGUCAUUAAUACAGAUAGUACAUAGACCCAUCUCUGUACAGUCAUAUUAACUGCAUAAGCAAUCAAAACACAGAAAGGUCAAGGGGUUUAUUUCACAUUAUCUUUUUAGGCAUCCAGCACUGAAACUAGGCAUCAGGUUUUUUC